CCACGACAUCCUGGCAAGACCAGGUAAUCUAUUUCUCAGAAAUAACUUGUUAUGAUCUGGUGCCGUGCGCGAAUUUUGUGACUGACCUUGGCCUAAGAUCGUCCAUAUGCGCUCGCUGGAGGAAAUGGUGUACUAAAGUAUUCCAGAUGGACUUAUAACAUUGCUUAACUUGGCACUACAUCACAAUGGAACCUAGUAAGCAAAUGACUUUCAAACAAAAGCAUGGGCGAGGAACUGAUUUCCUACGGUACCUUGACACUGAGAAUAUCUCAAUAAAUGGGAUGAGUAAGGAGCAGAUGAAAUCUCACUACGACAGUGGAUAUUCACUAUAUCGUCGGCAGAUUCAUCCAGAUGAAAAGCGAAUCAACUUUGCAACCAUUCUGUUCACCCUUACCCACACUGGGUUUGUUCGUCUUUAUGGCAAGAAGGCUUACCUCGGCCAUGUACCCAGAAAUGUGGCUUCACGAAGGAAAACCUCUCCAAAAUCCAACCAUGAGUCGUCUCCAGCUAAGCAAUCACCCGAGGAGGGCCCUAGAGCAAAACCUCGCCAAAGGAGACGUAAAAAGCCAGCUGUAGCUGUAGAUCAGCAUAUGAUUUUGAAGCAGUCUGAAUCUGUUACAAAGUCCAUACAGGAAACCACUGAGCAGGAGCAGUUACCAAACACUGGGGAUGGUAACGUCUUCAAUUGUCAGCUGUGUCUCGUGAAAUGUCACUCCUACAAGGAAUACCAAUCACAUUUGCAGGGGAAGCGUCACCGUCUCAAGGUCAUCACUACUGGCCUGCGGAAAAAUAAAAGUAUAAUGACCCAAGAUAAGGAUGGUAUAGAACUUACUGGCAUUGUGUCAGAAACUUCAGAGUCCACAAGUGCAGAUACAGUGACUCUAGAGUUAAGGGAAGGGGACAGCAGCAGUGUGAUAUUUAGAAUUGAAAACAAGGCUCAAGAGGACUUGAUUUUCUUAAGGUGUGAAACCUUGAAGAGAGUUCGAGUUUUUACUGUGUAUGAUGUAAAGAAGGUCACUGAUGGCAUGAAACAGAUUAAUAUUCCACCAGGUCAUCAAUAUGAUGUCACUGUGAAGACCAAAGUCAGCCAGGUUGGAACUUUCCAUUCUCCAUUAGCAUUCCAGUUUAAACGCCUCAGCAAUUUAAACGACUUUGUAUACAUUAUACGAUUCCUUUGCCUGAGAGUUACCAAUGACAUCGUGGAUGAACUUGGCCCAACUGAGAAAUACAGGAAGCCUCCAAGAGUGUCUGGUCGCAGGGAUGAUGAUGUUGAGAUCAUCGAUGGUGUCAGACCCUCCGGGGUGUGA